CCUCGAUGUUGCAUCACGUUUUCCAGACGUUUCUCUUUCUUACAAAUACAUUGCGUGCAACGUGAGUUUGGUGUUAUUUUUCAUUUCAAGCGUACGUUCGGAACUCAUAUUUCAAGUACACACGUGAAAUACAGUUAAAAUAUUGAUUUAGCUGUGGAACUUUAAUAUUUUAACCAUGGCCGCUGCUUUAUUUGUUAGGCCAUCUUUGCAUUGUUUUGCAAAAAAUGCAUCUUUGAAAUCUGCUGUACUGUCUGUGAGAUCAGCAAUGGCUAAUCAGUCAAAAAGUAUGGCCAAUGAUGCCCGAUCUGCAGCUCGCAGAGCACGAAUCUCUACAAGGAGUCCUACAUUAAAAGAAAGAUUGAUGGCGCCUGAACAAGGAACAGCUUUUAAUUUGGGAAAAGGUCUGUUAGUUGGUGCAUCUGCUUUCGGCAUAGGUUCUCUUUGCUAUUACGGAUUAGGGUUAUCUUCUCAACCAGGAGCUUAUGAAAAAUCUAUGGUUUGGCCACAAUAUGUGAAAGAUCGUAUUAGAUCCACAUAUGCAUAUUUUGGUGGAAGUAUUGCUAUUACAGCUGCAUCUGCAUAUGCUGUUAGUCAGUCUCCAAAAUUACUUAAUCUUAUGAUGCGGAAUUCAUGGCUUGCAAUUGGAGCUACUUUUGCAGCUAUGAUUGGAAGUGGAAUGGUAGUUCGAUCUAUGCCGUACUCAGAAGGCUUUAAUGGAAAGCAUGUAGCUUGGCUGGUACAUAGUGGAAUAAUGGGAGCAGUUGUUGCUCCUUUAUGCCUUUUGGGUGGUCCACUACUAAUGCGAGCUGCUUGGUACACUGCUGGUGUUGUUGGAGGAUUGUCUACUGUUGCUGCUUGUGCACCAAGUGAAAAAUUCUUAUAUAUGGGUGGUCCAUUGGCUUGUGGUUUAGGAGUAGUUUUUGCUGCUUCUUUAGGUUCAAUGUUUUUGCCACCUACCACAGCUUUAGGAGCUGGUUUGUACAGUAUUAGCAUGUAUGGAGGACUUGUCCUGUUUGGUGCAUUUUUAUUAUAUGAUACUCAACGAAUAGUUAACAUGGCAGAGAAUUAUCCAGUUUAUGCUCACAGACCUUAUGAUCCUAUCAAUGCGUCUAUCUCCAUAUACCUGGAUACAUUGAAUAUCUUCAUCCGAAUUGCAAUGCUAUUAGCUGGCGGUGGUAACCGAAGAAAAUAAUAUAAUCAACCUAUUCCUGUAAAUAGCAUGCUUAAGUUGCAAAAUUAACAUGUAUUUAUUAGUGUAUAAAUUUCAAAAUUAUUUGUAAAUUUUUCCAUUGUUUUUAGAAAUUUUUAGUUUCAUUAAUAAAUUUCAAUUUUUUUUUUUA